CGUGUUGCAGACAGUUUACACGGGUACUUAAAUGCGGUAGUAAGUUAGGGAAUAAAGUAAUUGAAAUAAGUAUGUACUUUUAAAGCAACGAUCAAAAAGUUAAUAUUUUGAAAAUAAGUCUCGUAUAUGUUGUACACUUUCUAUACCUUACAGGCCGCCGUAGUUCUGGCUGAGAGGUCCUAUCAUGGCAGCCAUGGAAAGUAUUCAUCAGAAGAUUUUUUAUUAAUUUGGUUUAUUCUAUGAUAUAAAUUGUAUGAAAUGGUAGCGGUUUUCCUGGUGACCUUGUAUGAGUACUCCCCGCUGUUUUACAUUAGUGUGGUUUCUUUGUGUUUCGUUGUUACCGCCGCUAUGGUCCUCGGCUGGUUUGGCUUUGAUGUCCCAGUGAUCCUUCGCAGCUCUGAUGAGACAGAGUCCAUCCUGCCAACCCCUGAGAAACAAAUGGUUCAGGUGACCAAUCCUUUCGCCCUGGAGAUGGGCUCUGGGCCGGCAUCUGUCAUUGACGGUGUGUCAGUGAGGCCUUGCUGUUUGGAGCCCUGUGUCCUGAGCUGUUUCUGGGGCUGUGAGGUCAGUGCCCUGCAGGCAGGAUUGAAGGCACACCAGCACGGCUCGAGGUUCAGCACCCUCCAACAUUUCAAGGAGGCCCUGCACCUCUGUUACCACCACUGCCAAAGCUUCCAUAUCGGCAGUGAAGACAGAAAGGAAUAUCGUACACAGAUUCCUUCUGACCAGGGGAUCACAGAUUUUGGGCCUUUGCCAAGGGAACGCUACCCUCUUGUGGCAGUGCUGACGCUGGCAGAGCCAAAAGCCAGAGACACCUACAAUAUUGUGGCCAGUGUGACCGUUAUUCAUGUUCCUGAUGACAAGUACAGCCUUUCUGCACGGGUUCUCUUUCAGUACCUUCUGACCUCACAAGGGAACAUGUAUGAGUUAAAGCCUCUCUUCAUGUCAGCUGACAGUGUGGGGGUGUGUGGGCCUCCCGACUCAGAGCAGAGUACCCAACCGGAACCCAGCGACGAGGCCUGCAGAGUGGAGCAGAGUCCAGUGCUGGAGGAGGAUGUGGACUGGUCAGAGGGGAGGGGCAGAGAUUGUGUUGUCUGUCAGAAUGCAGAAGUGAACAGGGUCCUGCUGCCCUGCAGACAUGCCUGUGUGUGUGACAGCUGUGUGUCACACUUUCAGCACUGCCCCAUCUGCAGGGCCUUCAUCCUGGAGUCCUUCACACUUACACAGGGACCAGCCACAGAACAAUGGCCGCAUAAUGAACCAGUGAAUGUAAUUUAAGAGAUGAUAUGGAGCAAGACAGUCAUUGCAAAGUAAUGAAUUUGCUUAAUGAAUGAGGUGUAGGGAGUAAUAACACAGAGAUAUUAAUCAGUAUGAAUCACUGGUCUGGUAGCCUGUCAACACAUGAUCACUACCAGAAUCUUUACUUUGACAUGAGUCAUACGCUGUUACCCAAAUACACUCUACAGACUAACUGUAUACAUUAUUUAUUCUAUACCUACAGACUAACUAUACAUUAUUUACCAUUAUUUUACCAUAUACCUACAGAUUAAUUGUAUACAUUGUUUACUAUAUACCCACAGAUUAACAGUAUACAGUGUGUACUGUAUACCUACAGAUUAACUGUUUACAGUGUGUAUACAAGAUAUUUCUGGAGCUGUCCCAUCACCAUUCAAGCGCAGCUCCUUCAUUUCCUUGGUUAUUUCAUUGUGGGACAAUAUUGAACAUUACCAGCACACACAAAAAGUGUUUGUUAGUCUGCAUAGUGACAGAAUUAGCUGCGAGUGUGGAUUUGUGAUACAGCUUUAGUUUGCCUGUGGUGAUGAGUGAUGAUGUUCAGUCUGGCAGCAGAGCUGCCAGGGUGUUGUGCACCACUUAGAUUUUAUCACAUAUGUCUGCCUUAAAAGUAAUACUGUUUCAACCUUAUCUGUGUUUGCUACAGGCCUGUCAUGAGUAGUCUCAUUUACAAAUAACAUAAGCAUAAAAGUUUGUUUUCAGCAUGAAUGUAAUGUACAUACAUAUAUGAUGAUGUUUGAGUGCUAAGCAGUUUUCAGCACUUAGCAAUUGACCAAUUUUUCAGUCAUGGAAAACACAUGAAAUGAGAAAAAGUAAAAUGUCCUGGAAAAUUAUUCCAACAUUAUCCUAUUUUCCUGUAGCUGAGAGUGAACGAAGAGGUCAUCUGUCAGAGCUGACCAGAAAGGAUAACAUUGCCAUUUGAAAGGCCAAGUUAUUUUUAGGAUCAGAAGGUUUCAGUUGUAGUUUAUGGACAAGAGUAUUUUAUUAAUCUGCUCUUGGUUGUAUGGUAGCACAGGCAGGUUGGAUGACGGAUGAAGUUAAAUUAUCCUUCACGUGUAAAUAUUUGUCACUUCUGGCUGGUAACUCUGGCAGGUUUAUAGAUAGAUAGUUUCUUCCCAACUUGAUUUAAAUGGUUGAAUAAUGUUAAAUUGGUAAGCAUGUUUGAUUCAGUUGCUGAAGUUGAUGAGCUUGCUUUCUUGUUUUUCUUGCAAAGGUUUAAGGUUUGCAAUUCAGCUCUGCCUUGGAGCAGUGGUUUCCAAUGUGUGUAAGCCAUUGUUAAUCGAGUUGGAUAAAGACUCCACUUGAUAUUAUUACUAAUGGGCCAUAGUGUGGUGUGAUACAGUCAGACCCAACUCAAGCUAUAUAAACUUCAGUAGGCAAAAUAGUAGGCUACUAUGUGCGUUAUUGGUAUUAUUGGCAAAGGUUAAUAUUAUUCAUAAGAAAAAAGAGAUGAUACAUUUUAUUUACGUAUCUCUCUCUUCACAAACAAAGGGCUUUCCAAAAUAAAACACAAUAUUAAAACUGGGCAAGAAAAAAAAAAGUAAGUGGAGACAAUCGUAAAAGUGGUGACAUUAAAAUAUGUAAAGGUUAUGCCAGUAUACACUUUUUAACCAGACUUCCACAAAGGGGAACAUAUUAGUUUGCAGUGUGAUCUCUGUGUCUGUUUGCUUGUUCAUCACUGAAAAUGUCCUGGAAAAGUCCCUGAAAAUGAUCUCUAUAAAAGAGUGAGAACCAAGUAUGUAUAACCUGACCACUGGCACUCAUCAGAACCAGCUUUAUUCAGACAAAAUGGACCAGAAAAUGUUGUGAUUAAUUAAAAAUUUUAAGUAAAGUGGAAAGCAACAUUCCUUACAAGUCACUGUUGCUUUGAAACUCAUCACAUUUCACAAAUUAGCUUUAAAGCAUUGGCAGAGACAUAAGAACUCUAACAUAUUCACGUCUGUGGUUACAGCUCUGCUACAUGGUAGCCAAAAACAAUGUUUACAUCACAUGGACUAUUUAAUGCAAUAUGCUUAUACAACGAAACAAAAAGUUGGGACAGUGUGUAAAAUGUAAAUAGAAACAGAAUGGGAAGAUUUGUAAGACACUGAAUGUGUGAUUGAAAAUAGCACAAAGAAAAUUAUAUCUUAAUUUAGUAUUUAAUGCCAGCAAAAAAAAAGAAAAUUGGGACAGUGGUCAUGUUUACUACUCUGUUGCUUCACCUCUUCCUUUAACAACCUUCUGUAAGUGUUUGGGAACUGAGGAGACCAAUUGCUGUAAUUUUGAAAGUGGAAUGCUUUUCCUUUCUUGCUUGAUCAGCUGCUCAACAGUUCAGGGUCUCCUUUGUUGUACUUUACAUUUCAUAAUGCACAAAACAUUUUCAAUUGGUGACAAGUUGGUGGUCAGGUUAGAAUCUGGACUGUUUUACUACACAGCCAUGCUGUUGUUAUACGUGCAGAAUGUGGUUUAGCUUUGUCUUGCUGAAAUAUGCAAGGCAUC